UAGUGCUUCUUUUCAAGUCCUGAUCCACCUACUUCUCCUCCACCAAACAACUAACCAACGAAGCUCCGUCUCAGUAUCUUCACUGAUCCCAAACUCUCUCUCUUUCUCUCUCUCUCUCUCUCUCUCUAUCUCUCUGUAAUGGCUGUCGCCACCUUCUGCAACCUCUCAACGCGCUCCCUCUCUUUUCACUCGCCAAAUCACCACCACUACCAUAAGAGCUUUCCUAUCAUCACUCGUCGCAUCUCCACCUCUUCUUCUAAAGUCUUUACCACCUCUCUGACUUGGUCAACUUCUCGUAAACGAUUCCACACCACUCUCGUCUCUUCCUCCGCUAACGGUGGCGGAACCGGAGGCUCGGGUGGUGGUGGUGGUGGUGGUGGUGGAGGAGGAGGAGGAGGAGAUGGGAGAAAUGAUGACGACGGCGAUGCUGGAUACCGCAACCGGACCGAAGCCAUUCUCGCAUUGGCAGAGGUAGGGAGGUCGUUGGAGAGCUUGCCGAAGGACUUGGCUGGAGCGAUUGAGGCGGGAAGAGUUCCGGGAUCGAUUGUGCAUAGGUACUUUGAGCUUGAGAAGUCUCCGGUGUUCAGAUGGUUGCUUCAAUUUGGUGGAUUUAAGGAACGGUUGCUUGCUGAUGAUCUGUUCUUAACUAAGGUUGGAAUAGAGUGUGGUGUUGGGAUCUUUACCAAGACAGCAGCUGAAUUGGAAAAACGGAGAGAGAAAUUUUCUAAGGAGCUGGAUUUUGUUUUUGCUGAUGUGGUGAUGGCCAUAAUAGCAGACUUUAUGCUUGUAUGGCUUCCUGCUCCUACUGUUUCCCUUCGACCACCUAUUGCAGUCAGUGCUAGCCCUCUUGCUAAGUUCUUCUACGGCUGUCCUGAUAAUGCAUUUCAGGUAGCUUUGGCCGGAACAUCAUAUUCAUUUUUACAGAGAAUAGGUGCAAUAAUGCGUAAUGGAUCAAAGCUAUUUGCAGUUGGAACCAGUGCAUCUCUGGUUGGUGUAGGUAUAACAAACGUAUUAAUCAAUGCAAGAAAGGUUUUCGAUAAAUCUUUUGCUGCAGAAGCAGAGGAUGUGCCAAUAUUAUCUACCAGUAUUGCCUAUGGUGUCUAUAUGGCAGUAUCUAGCAACCUAAGGUAUCAAAUACUUGCUGGAGUUAUUGAACAAAGAAUUCUAGAGCCAUUGCUGCACCAACAUAAAGUUAUUCUGAGUGCAAUUUGCUUUGCUGUUCGAACUGGCAACACUUUCUUAGGGUCAUUGAUGUGGGUCGAUUAUGCCCGUUGGGUUGGAAUCCAAAAGAGUCGGGAGUGAAGAGGAGGUUAAAUUUGGUUGCUUUGGAGUUAUCAAAAAAAUUGUAUUUCCAAUAAAUGUACAUGAUUCAUUGGUAUUAUAUAUAAGAGAUGAAUCCAAUUGAUUGGUUUUUGUUUUUGAUCA